UAUAUUUCAGCCGCGAGGGUGAAUGGAAGAGCCCAAAUCGAACUAUAGUUCAGCUGAAGAAAACUGUUCAAAGAAACGAAGAAAUGUCUCGUUCAGACGCACAGAAGUUGAGUGCGGAGUUUAUGACCGAAGCUGAAAAAGAAACAGAGACAGAUAGACUUGUGAGAAAAAGCAAACAGCAACCUUUCAUUCCAAUCGGAAUUGCUGGAACAGUGGCUGCAUGUGUAUGGGGUGCAAUCGCUUACAAGAAUAGAGGACCUGCCAUGACCACUAGCAGAUAUCUCAUGAGAUUACGAGUUAUUGCACAGAGUUGUGUAGUGGGUUCAAUUAUUGCUGGUAUUGGUGUAACAGCAUUACAAGAAAAACUUGAAGCAAAGGCUGCAGAAAAGAAGGAGUGAUAGCAGUGCCACUUUGUAUUUGAUGGACUUAAGAGGAACAAUUGUUAUUGGGUUAAGGGUUAAGAAACAGAAGUUCUUUUACCUUGUGUAUAGAAUGCCUCAAAGUCAUGGAGUCAAGUUAUGGAAGAAAUGAAG